UGUUCAUUGCGGAGCCAUCUUGCCUUGAGACACCCAACGCGUGAAUUAGUGUUAAAUAACCCAUCAAAAAUGGCGACGCCGUACGAAGUAGUGUGUCAAGUGAACGCCGAUGCAAAUAUUCCUGUCACAAAGUACAGGUCUAAGAAAACAGGAAUUUCAGUUGUUAUAUCGGAAGUUGAAAGUCCACUCGUAAAUGGCUAUUUUGCUCUAGCUACGGAGGCCCAUGAUGAUGAUGGUCUACCACACACCCUGGAACACCUUGUCUUCAUGGGCAGCGAAGACUACCCUUACAAGGGUGUGUUGGAUCUGCUGGCCAACCGGUGCCUGGCAUCAGGGACAAACGCCUGGACAGACACUGACCACACUUGCUACACAAUGACUAACGCUGGGAGCCAGGGUUUCCUCAACCUACUUCCUGUCUACCUGGACCACAUCCUGUAUGCAACACUCACGGAAUCUGCCUACAUCACGGAGGUUCACCACAUCAAUGGUGAGGGUGAGGAUGCCGGCGUGGUGUACUGUGAGAUGCAGGCGCGAGAGAACUCAGGGGAGAGCCUCACUCACCUGGAGAUGUGCCGCGCCAUGUACCCCGGCAGGUGUGGGUACAGGUCUGAGACUGGAGGAAUCAUGAAGAAUCUUAGGGAGAGCACUUCGCAUCAAAAGGUGUGCAGCUACCACAAGUCUUUCUACCGGCCUGAGAACCUCUGCAUCAUUCUCACUGGCCAGAUCAGUGUCGCUGAUGUCUUCAAGGUGCUGGCUCCAUUUGAAGACAAAGUAAUCUCCAAGGGAGAUCGUGUUCCAUUUACGCGCCCCUGGCAGACCCCAGUCCCACCACUAGGGGGCAGUGUGGAGACAGUAGUCAGGUAUGCAGCGGACGACGAGUCACAUGGCAUCGUCAACGUGGCUUGGAGAGGACCUGCAGCUAGGGACCAGUACACAUACAACAGUGUCAGCCUCCUACUGGACUACCUCACGGACUCCGCCAUCUCUCCACUGCAGAGGGAGUUUGUGGAAGUAGACGACCAUUACUGCAGCCAUGUGAAUGGAGGUUUAAUAGAGAACUCAGAGUGCACCGUGUUCUUCAAGUUUGACAAUGUGGUCACAGAGAAACUAAGAGACAUUUAUCCUAGGCUGAUGUCUGUGCUGUCAGGACUUACGAAAGGAACUGAGAAACUAAACAUGGGACGUAUGGCCAACCUCAUACAUAGGAGAGUACUGGACGCCCUCUCAUCAUUAGAGGACUCUCCCCAUGACAAGAUGGCCUCCUAUCUUAUUGGGGACUUCCUGUUCAGUAACACCAAGCAGGAUAUGGAGGACCGGGUACAGAUGGUUCCCUGCCAUGAGCGGAUGAAGACAGAACCAGAGGCUUUCUGGCUGGGACUCAUCAACAAGUUCUUCAUUGACAAGCACUAUGUGCUGAUUCUGGGUGAGCCAAGCACUGCUGAGAGGGAGAGCCUGGCCCAGGCAGAGGCAGACAGGGUUGCUAGGCAGCAGGCCAACCUGGGGAAGAACGGACUGCAAGAGAAGGCAGCCAUCUUCGAAAAAGCCACAGAAGAGAAUGAGCGUGGAGUACCAGAAUCCAUGAUCACCUGUGUGGAUGUACCAGACGUGGCCUCCAUUUUCUUCCAUCCCAUAAUUCCCAGCUGUAACAGAUCUGCAGGAAAUAACAGGCUCACAGAAAAUGCUGAUUUCCCAUUGGAUAAAAUUCCAUUUAGAUUUGAGUUAGAUGAUAUACACACAAACUUUGUUCAGAUCAAUGCACUGUUAGACUCUAGCAAUGUGCCUCAGGAGUUGAAGUAUUACCUGCCACUGUUCUGUGAAGUCCUCUUCGAAAGUCCACUUGAACGAGAGGGGGUGAUUGUUCCUCACGAGGAUGUAAUCUCACAACUGGAAGAUGAUGUACAGAAGACCGAGAUCAGUCUGGGAGUGAAGGGCUCCUCAUUUAGUUGUGGAAACUUCCCUCAGGUCGUUCAUAUCAAGAUACAGGUGGGGAAGGAGAAGUAUGAACGGGGUGUCACAUGGCUACGUGAGAUACUCUACCAGACCAAGUUCCCCGCCGACCGCCUCAGGACGGUUGCCAAGAGACUGAGCAGCGCCAUCUCACAGUACAAGAGGAAGGGGAAUAGUGUGAUGAACGCUCUCAUCAGGAACAUUGUUUUCUCAGAAGACUGCAACCACUAUGUGAGCAGCAUGCUGAGACAGGCCAGGUUCCUGGAACAGCUGCUAAUAAGACUGGACUCAGAGCCAAAACAGAUUGAAGAGCAUCUGGAGCAGUUGCGGGCCCUGAUUACUUCCCCUGACAAUCUCACUGUCCACUUGUCAGUGAAUGUUAAAGAGCUGGCCAAGGUUGUCUCCAAUCCAGAGAGGGUGUGGGCCACUGUGGUACCCCCUGGUAGAGACGGCAGGGAAUCUAGCAGCAUUAAGAUGCGGCCACCCUUUGACUAUGUGGUACCGAUAUCGGAAUGCAAGACGCCCUCAGUCAUAGCAGGGUUGGGGUCAGUCGAGUCUGCCUACCUCAUACAGGGAGUCUCCUGUGUGAAGUCUCACCUCCAUGAGGACCUGGCCCCUAUCAUGGUGUACAUACAGUUCCUGAUACAGAUGGAGGGGCCUAUGUGGAGGCAGAUCAGGGGCCUUGGGCUCUCAUAUCACUACAGUAUGUAUGUACAGCCAGACACAGGUAUGCUGUACUUCUUGUUGGCCCGUUCCACACACAUUGUCAAUGCUUACAAAGAAGGAAAAGACAUAGUGAUGAACUAUGUUAAUGGGGUGACAGAGUUCACUGACAUUGAGCUGGAGUCUGCCAAGAGUAGCCUAACCUUCCUUGUGAUAGAGAAAGAGACAACAGUGUCUGAUGUGGCCCAUCACUCUGUACUGGCCUACCUCAGGGACAUCCCUCACUCCUAUAACAAGGACCUGUUGAGCAAGAUCUCUCGGGUAACUCUGGAGGACCUAAGGCGUGUGGGCAAGGAGUACAUCUCGGCUCUGUUUGAUGAGACCAGGGUACGACGGGCGGUCGUCUGCAACCAGGCCAAGGUCAACGAGGUCACAGAGACAUUCAAGGAAUUGCAGGUGCCACUUCAUGUGAUACCAUCUCUGGAAGACGACAUGCUCUGCUCAUAUUAAGAAGAAUACCCGGGAAGACAGUUUCAAUGGUGGCGAGACACUUGGACUUCAAUUGUGUUAUGUGUUGAUUUUCAAGUGCAGCUUCAGUUUAGUAACAUUAUGAUUAACUGUACCGUUAAAGAGAACUAUUCGCAACAGCAUUUAAAAAAAAUAGCAUCUUGUAUUUUAAAUUCACGGUUUCUUCAAGUCGUCCUUAUACCUUCAGGAUCAUUUAUUUGUAGUUUGUUCAUAACUACUUCAUAAAUGUUGAAACUGUUAAUGUCUGACAAUGUUAUCAGAAAAUAAAUUUAAUAAUGAAUUGCAAAAACAGGAGCUCUAUUUAAACAUUUGUGUCAAUUUCUAUGUUAGUUUGUAUUAUGUCAUUUAGCAAAAAUCUUCCAAACUGGAAUGCCAGCAAGGGCUUGCCUUGAAUCUGUCCAUGUGUUUGGGCAGAUCCCAGCUAAUGUUUUCAGGGUUUUCAGUUCUGUGCUCUUUUAACCAUGAUCUAUUUAUUUUUCUUGUAUUUGAGCAAUGUUUCAAGUGGCCAUUCUGGUGCAAAUAGAUAUAAAAUUAUAUAUAUACUGAUAUAUUGAAGUGCUAUGCAAUGCAUAUUGGCCUGUUGUUUUUAGGCCCCCCUUUCGAAGAAGAGGGGGUAUAUUGCUUUGCUCAUGUCGGUCGGUAGGUCGGUCAGUCCGUCCACCAGGUGGUUGUCAGAUGAUAACUCAAGAACGCUUGGGCCUAGGAUCAUGAAACUUCAUAGGUACAUUGAUCAUGACUUGGAGAUGACCCCUAUUGAUUUUGAGGUCACUAGGUCAAAGGUCAAGGUCACGGUGACCCGAAAUAGUAAAAUGGUUUCCGGAUGAUAACUCAAGAACGCAUACGCCUAGGAUCAUGAAACUUCAUGGGUAGAUUGAUCAUGACUCGCAGAUGACCCCUAUUGAUUUUGAGGUCACUAGGUCAAAGGUCAAGGUCACGGUGACCCAAAAUAGUGUAUUGGUUUCCGGAUGAUAACUCAAGAACGCAUACGCCUAGGAUCAUGAAACUUCAUGGGUAGAUUGAUCAUGACUCGCAGAUGACCCCUAUUGAUUUUGAGGUCACUAGGUCAAAGGUCAAGGUCACGGUGACCCGAAAUAGUAAAAUGAUUGUCUGAUGAUAAUUCAAGAACGCAUAUGCCUAGGAUCAUGAAACUUUAUAAGUAGAUUGAUCAUGACUCGCAGAUGACCCCUAUUGAUUUUCAGGUCACUCGGUCAAAGGUCAAGGUCACGGUGACCCGAAAUAGUAAAAUGAUUUUCGGAUGAUAACUCAAGAACGCAUAUGCCUAGGAUCAUGAAACUUUAUAGGUAGAUUGAUCAUGACUCGCAGAUGACCCCUAUUGAUUUUGAGGUCACAAGGUCAAAGGUCAAGGUCACGGUGACCCGAUAUAGUAAAAUGAUUUUCGGAUGAUAACUCAAGAACGCUUUUGCCUAGGAUCAUGACACUUCAUAGGUACAUUGAUCGUGACUUGCAGAUGACCCCUAUUGAUUUUCAGGUCACUAGGUCAAAGGUCAAGGUCACAGUGACAAAAGUCGUAUUCACACAAUGGCUGCCAGUACAACGGACAGCCCAUAUGGGGGGCAUGCAUGUUUUACAAACAGCCCUUGUUUUGUUUAAACCUAUCUGAGGAUUUUUACCCUUUUUUGCCUCUAGGAUUUUUACCCAUACAAUUUAUUUACCAUCUUGAAAAGAUUCAUUUCUACAUAUUUAAUUUUGUUAAAAUAAGUUUCUUAAUACAUGUAUAUACUGUAAUAAGCUGUAAAUGUAAAUUACACGUUAACCAUGGAUAAAAGGCAUACAGAAUUA